AUGGCCGCCAACGCUAGACGCUCCUUGCAAGCCUGCACGCGAUGCCGGCAGCAAAAGAUGAAAUGCUCCGGCGAAGCCCCUUGCGAGCGCUGCGCCAAAUUCGGGCGCGAGUGUGUCUUUGAGGCGGCCAACACCGUCACCACCACCAGCUCCGUCACCAGCAACUCGGCCCCGAUCCAGCAGCCGCUGACUCCCUCCGACCGCUCGAACCCCCUGAAUUCGAUCGACCAGGACGACCGGAGCGAACCGCGCGGCCGUAAACGAAGUUUCCACGAAAUCAUCCACAAUCUUGAUUACGGUCGGAGAUCCUAUUACCCCCCUGCUCGCUAUGGGGAGCUCGUUCCAGAGGGCGACACUCCAUACUCCACCGUUCAAGGGCUGGAGGAUCACCAGCUGUGUUCGCCAGAUUACAAAACCCUCGGCACUGCUUCAAUCAGCAGCACCAAGUCUCUGGCCUCGUGUCUGGCCGACGCCAACAUCACCGUCGCCGAGGCGCACGAGAUGUUUGCCCUGUUCGGCGAGCGAAUGGCCCCCUUCAUUCCAACAUUCUAUGCCACCGACUUUGGUCGCCUGCCCGCCGAGCCUGUCUAUGCCCUCGCCGCCAUCUAUACGAUCGCGCGUUAUCUGCCCGACUCGAGCAGCUUACGCGGUCGCGUCGGCCGCAUCUUGCGUUCUCUCCUCGCCGACCUGGUGCUUUCUCCGGCGACGAGUGAUCCAGUGACUGCGGUCGGGAACAUGCACGGUCUCGUCAUCCUCUACGGCUGUGCUGAGGCGACCGGCCCCAGCCCCGGUAGCACGCCCGAGUCGACGGAUAGUUUUGAUAUGCUCACCCUCAAGGGGAUUGCCGAAGCAUACGCCGUCAAAACAAAGCUGGGCGUUGACUGCUAUCUCGCCAAAGUGUCCGUUCAGCUGCCUCUGCUCUGGGUCGUGUGGCUGUACACCAUGAGCCAUCACUGCGCCGUUAUCCAUGGCUGCCCCCGAUCCCUCUCCGGCUCUGCAGAGCUCCUCCGCGCCAAAGCUCUCCUCGAGCAGAGUAUUGACCAUCCGCGAAUUCGCGUGCUCCUUGGCGAGUGCGACUUGUUCCUCCUCUGGGAGAGACUAAUCAACGCUCCUGGCGCAUCCCCAGCAACCAUUGAGGAUGCCUUGCACGUCUGA